CAAAGUUAAGCGUGCUUGCACGGGAGUAGUCUUGGGAUGGGUGACCCCCUGGGAAGUUUCUCAGGGCGCGCACGAGUGAGGACAAAGUGCGCGGAAAAGGCUAGUGGCGGUUUGUGAGGACAGUACUAGAGGUCAGAAGUAACUACCUCGGGCCCUACAGGACCGGGUUGUUACAGAACUCCCCCGCCGGCCAAGAGUACUUUGGCAGGGAGAUGGCCUUGUACUACAACAUGGGCCAAGAGCGGAUGCAGAGGCUCCUGUGUCGGCGGCUGGCGCGUGCCCUCAAAGCCAUGAACUAUACCUCCGGGUGGGCGAGGCGGAACCUGAAGCUUCCCAAGCUGAUGAAGGAUCCCGAGGAGCAGGCCAAGCUUCCUCUUUCGGAGAGGGAGGCCCCAAUCGAGAGUUCCGGCCUCGGCGAGCCGGAUUAUGACGAGUUUGACUUCCUGGAUGAUGCCACCAGUUCUGCAGCUGCCGCCGACCAGGAGACUGAGGCCGAGGAGGGAGCCGAAGAUGCCGGAGAGCAAACCCUGGCUGGGCAUGAUGGAGGCGCCCAAGAGACUUGAUCGGCUACUCCCCGUUCCCUAUCUUGUAAUUAAUUAUCUUCUAUUUCUGCCCAUCUGAUGUAAUGGCCGAAGCGCCCACCAAUGUAUUUAAUUGUUUAUGAAUGAACGUUUU